AUUAUUAUUAUUUAUUCUUCUAAAAAACAGUCUUCAUCCGACCUGACUUGGGGACUAUGAGCUCUUCCAGCCCCGACCAGCGCCUGGAGCAUCUGCUCAGCGCCGUGGAGAGCGAGUUCCAGAAGGGCAGCGAGAAGGGAGACGUGACGGAGCGGGACAUCAAGCUGACGCUGGAGGACGCGGAGCUGUGGAGCAAGUUCAAAGAGCUGACCAACGAGAUGAUCGUCACCAAGACCGGGAGGAGGAUGUUUCCGGUCCUGCGGGUCAGCGUGUCCGGCCUAGACCCGAACGCCAUGUACUCGGUGCUGCUGGACUUCGUGGCGGCGGACAAUAACCGCUGGAAGUACGUGAACGGGGAGUGGGUCCCCGGCGGCAAGCCGGAGCCGCAGAGCCCCAGCUGCGUCUACAUCCACCCGGAUUCCCCCAACUUCGGGGCGCAUUGGAUGAAGGCGCCCGUCUCCUUCAGCAAGGUGAAGCUCUCCAACAAGCUGAACGGCGGAGGACAGAUCAUGCUGAACUCUCUGCACAAGUACGAGCCGAGGAUCCACAUCGUGAAGGUCGGAGGAAUCCAGAAGAUGAUCAGCAGCCAGUCGUUCCCCGAAACCCAGUUCAUCGCCGUCACCGCCUACCAGAACGAAGAGAUCACUGCUCUAAAGAUAAAACACAAUCCCUUUGCUAAAGCUUUUCUGGAUGCCAAAGAAAGGAGUGACCAUAAAGACGUGUCUGACCACAGUACAGACGGCCAGCAGUCCGGUUAUUCUCAACUUGGAGGUUGGUUCCUCCCAGGCCAGAGUCCCAUCUGCCCCAACAACAGCCCGCCUCAGUUCAGCAGCACGGCUAGCCACCCGUCUGGCUCGUACUGCGACCGCUACUCCAGCCUGAGGAGCCACAGGGCGGCUCCGUACCCCAGCCACUACCCCCACCGGAGCGCCAGCACAAACAACUACAUGGAGAACAACUCUGGGACUCUGCCGACCCACGACAGCUGGUCCGCCCUCCAGAUUCCCAACUCCACAGGGAUGGGCACUCUGUCUCACACCACCAACUCCACGUCUAAUUCUGGUCAGUACCCGAGCCUCUGGUCGGUAGCCGGCACCACACUCACCCCUUCGGGCUCCUCCUCCAGCUCUGUACCUGGAGGUCUGACCUCCCAGUUCCUGAGGGGCUCCUCAUACACGGGCUUGACCUCCUCCCUACCCGUCUCCUCGCCGUCCACCAUGUACGAGCCCAGCCUGAGCGAAGUUGGAGUCGGGGACGCCCAGUUCGAGAACUCCAUCGCCAGGCUCACGGCGACAUGGGCGCCUGUAGCUCAGAGCUAUUGAGGCCUUGCUUCCCGUCUGGCCUUGAGGUGUGGUACAGACUAAAGUACAGGGAUGUCCUGCCAGGGUGGUCAUGGGAAAAAAAUAAAAUGAAAACGGAUCAUUUAUGUCAGUUUGUUGAAAAAGACACAACUCAGACCAAGAUCAUGGUUGUACAUUAUGCUUAGACUAAUUGGAGACUCACGAUGCAAUGAGUGCAACAAUCUGCUUUCUAACAGCCAACAAGUUGUGUGUUAGGCAUGACUUCUCAGUGAAGUAAGAGAUCUUCUGGCACCCGUUCAGUAUUGGCCUGUGUAUUGAUUUAUAGCAGGCACAGACUGGGUCAUUUGUGCAAUCUGUAGCUCAUUGCCAAGUGAGGCAAUGCUACUUUUGGGAAGGAGCAAACUCACUUCAUCAGAUCUGCGCUUCGGGUUUUGAAUGCAAACUUGCUCUUAGGCUUCCAAAUGAUUUCCCAUCACGUUCUCUAAUGUUUUGUUUUUGUUCUUAACCCAAAAAGAUUUUUAAAAAAGUUCCGCUAACAGGGAAAUGUACAUGUGUGUAUAUAGAGUAAAUUAAUGUGUGUAUUUGUAUUUUCCCUUUACCGACGUUUCCAAGUGCCUUCAGAUUGCUGGACUAGAACGAGUCCCACGCCUGUACAUACGCUUUUCUUAUUUCUAUUUGAACUUGGUGCAAGUUUUUAUUUAUGUCAUUUAAUAAUAAAUUAAA